CGCCCUUUGGCCACCCGGCAGGCAUGGCUGCGAGCUCAGGGGAGCUGCGGCGUCGGCGGGGUCCGGCGGGAGACGCCCCCGAUCCUCGGGAGCCCCGCGCCCCUCCGGCGCCUUCCCUGCGCCCCGGCUCCUUCUGGCUGACGCGGCUGGUGCUGCUGCGCGCCACCGCCUUCAUUUACUCUGUUGCCUUUCUGGUUGCCUACCAUCAAAACAAAGCCCUUAUCGGAGACCGAGGGCUUCUACCAUGCAAACUGUUCUUGGAGAAUGUGAAGCGCCAUUUCAAGGGCAGGAUAAACAUGGAGACAUUAAGCUAUGCCCCAACUCUGAUCUGGUUCUUGGAUUGGUCCAGCAUGGACAGCAUCCUUGAUGCCUUCGCUCUCAUUGGUUUGGCCAUCUCGGCUUUUGUCCUGGUCACUGGAUUUGCCAACAUGAUUCUUAUGACUGCUGUGUGGAUUAUCUACCUCUCCUUAAUUAACGUGGGGCAGAUCUGGUAUUCCUUUGGUUGGGAAUCGCAGCUCCUGGAAACCGGUUUUUUGGCAAUCUUCCUGUGUCCUUUGUGGACUUUUUCCCGGGUGGCCAAGGAUACGCCCCCUUCCUUCAUUGUCAUCUGGGCCUAUCGUUGGCUUAUUUUCAGAAUCAUGCUUGGAGCGGGGAUGAUUAAAAUCCGAGGGGACCGUUGCUGGAAGGACUUGACCUGCAUGAAUUAUCACUACGAGACCCAGCCUGUUCCCAAUCCUGUGGCCUAUUUUAUGCACCGGUCACCCUGGUGGUUCCAUGCAUUUGAGACCAUCUUCAACCAUUUCAUUGAGCUGGUUGUGCCCUUCUUUGUCUUCCUGGGCCGGCGCAUGUGUAUGGCCCAUGGCGUCCUUCAGAUCCUCUUCCAGAUGCUGCUUAUCGUAAGUGGGAAUCUGAGCUUCCUCAACUGGUUAACCAUCGUGCCCAGCAUAGCAUGUUUUGACGAUGCUUCCUUGGGGAUCUUGUUUGGUUCUCGCACAGGAUCUCUGAAGAGUCACGUCCUGAAGAUACAAGCUGAAGAGGCAGCAGGGAAAGUGGGCCCUUUAAAAUAUGGGAGCUACAUCCGCAAAGCUGUGAACGUAUCCUUUGGGGCGCUGAUCAUCUUCCUCAGCAUUCCAGUGGUUCUCAAUCUGAUUAGUUCCCGGCAAAUCAUGAAUACUUCCUACAACCCCCUCAGGAUCGUCAAUACCUAUGGAGCAUUUGGAAGCGUAACCAAAGAGAGAACCGAGGUUAUAAUCCAAGGGACUUCCAGCUCAGACCCCAAUGAUCCUGCUGCAGUUUGGGAAGAGUAUGAAUUCAAGUGUAAACCAGGGAAUCUGCAGAGGAGGCCCUGCCUGAUCAGCCCCUACCAUUACCGCCUGGAUUGGCUCAUGUGGUUUGCUGCUUUCCAGACCUAUGAACAGAACGAAUGGGUCAUUCACUUAGCAGGGAAAAUCUUGGCAAACGAGAAGGAAACUUUGUCUCUUCUGGCCUUCAACCCAUUUGAGGACAAGGCACCACCCAAGUGGGUUCGGGGAGAGCAUUUCAGGUACAAGUUCAGCCGGCCAGGUGGACAGCACGCCCAGCAGCAGAAAUGGUGGAUCCGUAAAAGGCUUGGACCCUACUUCCCGCCCGUCAACCUUGAAGGACUGAAGAAGUUUUUCAAGGCUCGAAACUGGCCAGACCCAAAGCAGAGUUGACCAAACGAAUUACACAUACACGCGCCCACACACGCAUGCACGCACACAUUUUGUCUUUGGCCCUCCUUUGGGUUGUGUGAAUUCUCUGUUGUCGAUACUUCACAGCAGGACAACCCCUAGCACUCGCUGAAGACACACACACACCCCAGGCCAGGGAUAAAAACAUUGGUGGUUUUUUUUUUUUACAAUUAGGGGAGUUGUGGCCGAAAUGGGUACUCAAAGCAUCACUUGGAAAGGAAUGGAAAACAUGGAAAAGCUGGGUCCAUGAGUACCAUACUUUUCGGACUAUAAGAUGCAACGGAGUAUAAGACGCACCAUGAUUUUGAAGAGGUAAUUUUUUUAAAAAAAA